AUCGAAUACAACAGAACUGAUUUAAUUUAGCAAAGGAGACUUGCCACCACAGUAGUAUCGGUCAACAUGAAGGUCUUGAUUUGCUUGAUGCUGAUUUCGGCGGCAUAUGCCGGGGAGAAGGCGGAAGAAAAGGUAGAUGAAAAGACUCUUACAAAACGUGGCCUUUUGGGUCUUGGAUAUGGAGGUUAUGGAGGAGGUUACGGAGGAGGUUACGGAGGAGGUUACGGAGGAGGUUACGGAGGCUACGAAGGUGGUCACUCCGUCGCAGUUGCUACCGUUCCCGUUGAAGUACCAAGACCAUACCCAGUUCCCGUUGACAGACCUUACCCGGUUAAGGUACCAGUCGCUGUUCCACAUCCAGUGCCAGUAGCCGUUCCCGUUGACAGACCUUACCCAGUUGUUCAGACCAAAACUGUAACGGUUCCAGUUGACAGGCCUUAUCCAGUCUCCGUCCCUGUCCAGGUUCCAGUACCCGUACCCGCGCCUUACCCAGUCAAGGUACCAGUUGCUCAUGCAGUACCAGUCCACGUUUCUCAUCCGGUUCCAGUUGCGGUUCCACAUCCUGUCCUCGUCAAGGAAACGGUUCCCGUUGUCAUUAAGGGCGGUCAUGGUCAUUUUUAGAUGAAAUCUCUUCUCCUCUUAUUAUCUUUGCCUAUUCGACCUUUCAAAAAGUACUCCACCCCCCACGGUUUAACACCCAAAAUCCCAAAAACAUCCGUGACGAGCGCAAAUCAAGAAAAAGAAAAAAACACUCUUUCGUUAUCCUCCUUCCCCGCUCUCCCUCUCACUCUCUCUUAUCGUAGUAACUCGAUGAAAUAAAUAAUUGAUUUUGUAAAUGUUUUUCUAAAGAAA